AAAAUGUAAUGUUCGUUUUAUUUGUGGGAUUGGACAACUUUUCUUAUUAUGUACAUUUUCAAAGAAGAGUAUUUGUUUUGUUAGACAAUGUGGUAUGCAGAUGUAUAGUUAGUAGGCCUAAUUACUCGGAUAUUACUAUAGUUUUAGUAUUAUAUUCAUUUGGAUGCAUUAUUUUGUAUCUGGUUUUACCCACUUGUCUAAAUAAUAUUUGAAUAUUAAGAGCAGAGUAAAAAAAUUUAAGAUUUCCAUUGAGACCAACAAUGUGGCAUGUAUGUGAAGCUAUUUCACUUUGUGUUAACUGUCUCAGUUUAAAUGUAGUUGAAGAUAUAUGUCAUACUAAUCCAAGGUUUUAUUAGUGCUACUAAAUAUUUGGCAGCAUAAAUGUCUUUGUUGCCCUAAUGUAAAUAAGUGUAUCAACCAGCCAGCUGAAUGGUCUUCCUCUUUGAAUUCAGAAACUGCAAAUUAUAGAGGAACAAUCAGAGCAAUAGCGAAGUGCUCUUUGGGGACACAACUGGGGGGGGUAUGGAUGGAACACAGACUCAGGGAAGACAUGACGCCCUUUCCUGGUUCACUGAGUUCCAACUGGACUGUGUCAUCAGGAAUGGGGUAGUUCCAGAAUGGUUCCAUGGCAUUAUUUCCAGGAAGGUUGCUGAGGAAAUGCUCCUGUCCAAUCCCACAGGCCACUUCCUGAUCCGUGUCAGUGAAAGCAGGAUAGGAUACACACUCUCCUAUCGUGCCACUGAUCGGUGCAGGCACUUCAUGAUCGAUGUGCUGAAGGACAAUCGCUACAUUAUUGUAGGAGAGGACAUGCAUCACAGCUCACUGCAAGACCUGGUGAACUUUCACCGCAGGGUGCCUAUCAUGCCUUUCAAUGAGCUGCUGACUGUAGCUUGUGGACAGGUAUCAAAGGACAAGACUGAUUAUGCAGAACUGUUAUUCCCCAAAAGACCAGCCAUGAACCCUAAUCAUGGUGUGUUGCCAAAUAACCCCCCACAUAUGCACAGUAGUACUCAUCUGAAAGUAGCUGAGGACAUUCCACCUGCCCUCCCACAUCGUCCCAGCACAUUGAGUGAUCCUGCCGGCUCACCUCCAAACACUAGCACACCACCUGUAUCUCCAAACACCCCUUCUCCCAGACUCUACCCCUGCCUGGAGACCGAGUUAAACACACUGAGCUUCCAAACUCCAAGCAUGGUAGAUCAUACUGCUAAACCAGUGCCAUUGCCCAGGAAAAUGCAUGUAGUCACCACGGCCCAGCUGGACCAACCUCCUGAGUUACCUGCCAGAGGCCCUGCUCUACCACAGAGAAAGGACACGGACCAGAGCAGCACAACAUCUAAAGGUCCCACAGAACCCAGGACUGUGGGUACAGGCAGACCACAGACCCGACCAAACACACACCACCAGGACCCAAACUCCAACCAACAGAAGAAUCAAGAUGUAAAGUCCGUGGUCAGCAACCUGAGCUACUUCAGGAGGAAGUUCCAUAAGAAGAGAAGUGCCUCUCAGGAGCACAUGUACGCAGAGAUUAGUGUGGAGGAUGAGCAGGGGCAAGACCAGAGGAAACUCACAGCCGUGGAGGCUAGAGAUAGGGAUAUUGAUACAGCUGCUGAUAACGAGUAUCAGAUGCUACCAGGAGAGAUUGACAAUGGCCUUCCACCCAUCACUGCUGUCACCGCUGUUAGACCCACGGACUGUGGGUUACUGCCAGAGUAUCUGAACCCUCCUCCUUUUGCCCCUGGAUACUAAUGUCCACUUCUCUACCCUCAGGAUGGCUGGGUGGCCAAACGGACACAUGCAUUUUGAGAAGGCACCGAUGAGUUAAAGUUAGUCUGACGAUGUUCUAAUUUAACUGGAUAUAUCUAGAAUCUCUUUUACAACGUAACAUUGAGAACUAUUUAUGUCUGCAACCAGCUCUGGUUAGCGAUUAGACAAUAGCCAAUGUUUUUUUACAGUGCGAUGUAUGGUCAACUAUUUCAUAUCAAAUGUGAAAAUACUUUUGUUUUAUUUAAUUUGAUGUGAGGAAUUAUGUUAGACAUCUAUGUAUUAUUUUCAUUAAAAUACAACCAUGGCAAA